AUGAUUGGCUCCCCUGGACCCGGUGGGCGUGCCUUAGUGCCACAGUUCCGAGCGUGGCAAUGGGCCCUGGCUGCAUUUCUGGUUACUAUGGUAACUCUAAUGUUGCCGGAAAGUGGCCAGGCGUGCCCACCGCGGUGCGAAUGCUCAGCUCAGCUUCGGUCAGUGUCAUGCCAGCGGCGGCGCCUUACCAACAUCCCAGAGGGUAUUCCCACGGAGACGCGACUCCUGGAUCUGAGCAGGAACCGUCUCCGCUGGGUGCAGGCAGGCGACCUGGCACCUUACCCACGGCUAGAGGAAGUCGACCUCAGUGAGAACCUGAUUGCCACAUUGGAGCCCAACGCCUUUGCCAACCUCCAGAGUCUUAAAGUGCUGAAGCUGAGGGGGAACCAGCUGAAGCUUGUGCCCAUAGGAGCCUUCGCCAAGUUAGGAAACCUGACCAGCCUUGACCUCAGUGAGAACAAGAUGGUGAUUCUGCUAGACUACACCUUCCAGGACAUGAGGAGUCUCAAACAUCUCGAAGUGGGGGACAAUGAUCUGGUCUACAUAUCUCACAAGGCAUUCUCAGGACUGCUGGGUCUGGAGGAGCUGACUAUAGAGCGCUGUAACCUGACAUCAAUCUCUGGCCAGACACUUUCCUACCUCCGCAGCCUGGUCACCCUUCACCUACGCCACCUCAGCGUCACUGCCCUAGAGGACCAGAACUUCCGCAAGCUCUCCAACCUGCGGGGUCUGGAGAUCGACAACUGGCCAUAUCUUGAGUACAUCUCCCCUCUUAGUUUCCAGGGCCUGGACCUCCACUGGCUCUCCAUCACAAACACCAACAUCACGUCUGUCCCCUCGGCCUCCUUCAAGAACCUGGUGCACCUCACCCAUCUCAACCUGUCCCACAAUCCCAUCACAACACUGGAGCCCUGGGCCUUCAAGGACCUUCUGAGGCUGAAGGAGUUGAUCAUGGUAAACACGGGCCUGACAACAGUGGAACCCCAUGCCCUUGGGGGCCUCCGACAGAUCCGGGUCCUCAACUUUUCCUCUAACGAGCUGCAGACUCUGGAGGAGGGUUCUUUCCACUCUGUCAACAGUCUGGAGACCCUCAGAGUCGAUGGCAACCCCCUGCUGUGUGACUGCCGUCUGUUGUGGAUCCUGCAAAGGCGCAAGACCCUCAACUUUGACGGCAGGGUACCAGUGUGUGCUGGGCCAGUGGAGGUGCAGGGCAACAGCCUCAGCACCUUCACUGACUCAGCACUAUUCGACCACUUCACCUGCCAGAAACCCAAGAUCCGCAACCGCAAACUGCAACAGGUUGUUGCCCGCGAGGGCCAACCGGUGAGCUUCCUGUGUCGAGCCGAAGGAGAACCCGCGCCUGCGAUUGUGUGGAUCUCCCCCCAGCGCCGGCGAAUCACAGCGAAGAGCUCGGGGCGUAUUAUCGUCCUCCCUAGUGGCACGUUGGAGAUCCGCUACGCCCAGCUUACUGACAGCGGAACCUACAUCUGCAUCGCGAGUAACGCUGGGGGCAACGACACCUACUUUGCCACCCUCACAGUCCGAGGCCAGCCGCUGGAUGCCGCCUCAGCCUUUUUUCUCAACCGCUCGCUGUACAACGGCGAGUACCUCAACGACACAAAUCUGAACAGCACGCGCGUUUUCCUCAAGUUCACCUUGGACCUGACCACCAUUUUGGUCUCCACGGCAAUGGGUUGCAUCACCUUCCUGGGGGUGGUCCUCUUCUGUUUCCUGCUGUUGUUCGUGUGGAGCCGGGGACGCGGCCAACGCAAGAACAACUUCACAGUGGAGUACUCUUUCCGGAAAUCGGAACCCGUAACUGGGAGCUCCUCGGGAGGGGCCAGGAAAUUCAAUAUGAAGAUGAUAUGA